AUGUUCAAGCCCACAAAUGCCCUAUUUGGGGGUCUUCUUUGGAAGACUCCGUGGCGUCUCUCCGCACCCCAGAAGGCCCGGCAGCGCAAACGCCUGCGCGCAGUCGACCGAGUAGUCGAUACUCUCAGUGCCGCCCUUUCUCGCAAUGGACAGAGCACAAAGGCUGUUGAGCGAUGGUAUGCGGAAAUGCCGCGCGAGGAGGAAAUGCUUCCCAAAGACAAAUACACCAUCUUUGAUAAGAAGGAGAAGACUUACCGGAAGAGCAUUCACAAGCUGCCGAAGUGGACUCGUGUCAGCCAACGUGUGAACCCUCCUGGUUUCUAA